AAAAGUACAGAGGUCUUGCGGGCCAUAAAAAUGUCACACCUGAUUGAACUUAUCCGGUGCCUUCUCCAGAAAAGAGGAAUCGGCAGGUCUUGUUCACUGUGCCUGGAGUGAGCGCGAGUGGGAGAAAUACCGCGCCUUUCAUGAAUACUUCCACCAGUAUCAGCGUGGCGAUAUCGAUGCGAAAAACCACUGUACAGUUUCGAGCAGCAACUAAAAACCUCCGGGAGGCUGUCUGUCCUGAAGAAAGCGGAUGUGACUGUCGCCACUCUCUUUGCGGGCAGUCAGUAUGCCCUCUACUCUGUUAUCGUUCCUGUGGAUUUUACUAUAAUCGAGUGACGCUGUUGGUGGGAGAUCACCAUCAGCUAAAGCCCACCACGCUAUCAGACACGGCAGGCAAUCCUCUACGCGGUCAGUUGAAUCUCUCCCUUUUCUGCCGUCUGGUAUUUGCUAGGCUGGUUGUUCGUAUGCUAGAGAUACAGCACCGUAUGCACCCAGAUAUCUGUGCACUGGUGAGCACAGUGUUUUACGACGGAAAACUACAAGAAAGUGCAGAUUUUGGACAUGUGUACUGCGAGGAUGCUAUGUUCUCAUGGGCUCCAGCUUACAGGAAUCGCAGCCUGCGACCAUUGGCUCUUCUACGCCGUCAUGCUCCAGAGAACAUACCUGGAAAUAGUGAUCCUGCGGACGUAUUGAGAAUGGAUCCAGAGACAAGCUUAGACCCUGAGAAAUACACAGGGUAGCACUAGAUAGGGUCGUUGAGGCAGAAUGCGCCAGGAUCGGACUUGGCAGUUAUAAUAACUGCAAUUGUUCUUAAUGCUGGAGAGGCUCACGAUUAUAGUCCAGAGCCCAAAGGUUGGGUCAUCUUUAUUACCUCCUUUUCAAG